AUGGUGGUGCCCAUCGCCAGCGGACCAGAAGCUCCAACAAAAACCACAGAAACUUCAACAACAACCACAGAAUCUCCAACAACCACACCAACUCCAACUACAACCACAGCAGCUCCAACAACAACCACAGAACCUCUAACAACAACGACAGAAGCUCCGACAACCACACAAGCUCCAACUACCACCACACUAGCUCCAACAACAACCACAGAAGCUCCAACAACCACAGCAGAUCCAACAACAACCACACCAGCUCCAACUACAACCACAGAAGCUCCAACAACCACAGAAGCUCCAACAACCACAGAAGCUCCAACAACAACCACAGAAACUUCAACAACAACCACAGAAUCUCCAACAACUACACAAACUCCAACUACAACCACAGCAGCUCCAACAACAACCACAGAACCUCUAACAACAACCACAGAAGCUCCGACAACCACACCAGCUCCAACAACAACCACAGCAGCUCCGACAACAACCACAGACGCUACAUCAACAACCACAGACGCUACAUCAACAACGACAACAACAACCACGGCAGCUCCAACAACAACCACAGAAACUUCAACAACAACAACAACAGAAUCUCCAACAACCACACCAACUCCAACUACAACCACAGAACUUCCAACUACAACCACAGAAGCACCAACAACCACAGCAGACCCAACAACAACCACAGCAGCUCCAACUACAACCACAGAAGCUCCAACAACCACAGAAGCUCCAACAACAACCACAGAAGCUCCAACAACAACCACAGAAACUUCAACAAAAACCACAGAAUCUCCAACAACCACACCAACUCCAACUACAACCACAGCAGCUCCAACAACAACCACAGAACCUCUAACAACAACCACAGAAGCUCCGACAACCACACAAGCUCCAACUACCACCACACUAGCUCCAACAACAACCACAGAAGCUCCAACAACCACAGCAGAUCCAACAACAACCACACCAGCUCCAACUACAACCACAGAAGCUCCUACAACCACGGCAGCUCCAACAACAACCACAGAAACUUCAACAACAACCACAGAAUCUCCAACAACCACACCAACUCCAACUACAACCACAGCAGCUCCAACAACAACCACAACAACAACCACAGAAUCUCCAACAACCACACCAACUCCAACUACAACCACAGCAUCUCCAACAACAACCAUAGAACCUCCAACAACAACCACAGAAACUUCAACAACAACCACAGAAUCUCCAACAACCACACCAACUCCAACUACAACCACAGCAGCUCCAACAACAACCACAGAACCUCUAACAACAACCACAGAAGCUCCGACAACCACACAAGCUCCAACUACCACCACACUAGCUCCAACAACAACCACAGAAGCUCCAACAACCACAGCAGAUCCAACAACAACCACACCAGCUCCAACUACACCCACAGAAGCUCCUACAACCACGGCAGCUCCAACAACAACCACAGAAACUUCAACAACAACCACAGAAUCUCCAACUACCACACCAACUCCAACUACAACCACAGCAGCUCCAACAACAACAACAACAACCACAGAAACUCCAACAACAACCACAGAAUCUACAACAACCACACCAACUCCAACUACAACCACAGCAGCUCCAACAACAACCACAGAACCUCUAACAACAACCACAGAAGCUCCGACAACCACACAAGCUCCAACUACCACCACACUAGCUCCAACAACAACCACAGAAGCUCCAACAACCACAGCAGAUCCAACAACAACCACACCAGCUCCAACUACAACCACAGAAGCUCCAACAACCACAGAAGCUCCAACAACAACCACGGCAGCUCCAACAACAACCACAGAAACUUCAACAACAACCACAGAAUCUCCAACAAACACACCAACUACAACUACAACCACAGCAGCUCCUACUUCAACCACAGAACCUGUAGCUACAACCACAGAAGUUCCAACAACCACAGAAGCUCCAACAACAACCACAGCAGCUCAAACA